UAGCGACGAGGAGAGCUCAGUUCGAUACCGAACGCCAAAGCGUUCGGAUCGUUUCUCAUGAGUAUGCAGCGGGUUCUGGUUUUUCUCUCGUUCUUCUACUUCUAUCUAUAUCUAUCUCUUUCUUUCUGUCUGUUUUUCUCUCUAUCUCUAUCUCUCUUUCUUUCUCACUUGCUCGCACAUUCAUUCACUCUCACUCACUUUCUCUUUUCGUCUCGUCAGUCGAGCAACCGACGAAUGACUAACUAACUGAUCGACACCGCGUGUCAAAGUUUUCAUUAAUUUUCUCCGGUGGUCAGCGUGUGUAAUGUACAAAUCGAUCUUACGAUCAUGAUUGAUAUCAACGAUAAUAUCUUCGAAUUUAUUGUGCAUCGUUGUUAAUUGUUACUCCACGCAGAAUACUUAGGAUACAAACAGAUAGCAGUAUGCAUCGUUCGCAUUUGCGUCCAUCGAUAGAGAUGUACACAUUGCCAAAUGGAAAUGGUACAAAAUUUUUCGGACAAUCGGGAAUUACUGGAUAUUUUGCGAAACUAGAUACGCAAUUAUUCAUGAUAUCAAUCCGAAAAGCAAUAUACGAAAGGCAAGAAGAAGCUUGAUUGACUUUCCUACGGCUGGUCUCCCGAGAUAGAAUAAAAUUCAUUGCCGACGAAGAGUGUGGGGUGUAUAAGGCAUAAGAGAACGGGACGAUAACGAAUCAAUGCAAUGAGUUACGAUAAAUGGAAUUGAAGUUUAAUCGAAAUUUCGGUGAGAGGAAGCAAUGCUAUCGUGGACCGAUGUGGACCUAGAAAGGAGGUUCCUUCGCUAUAUCGCUGAGCGUUGAAUGGAUAAACCGCUGCUAAAAUCCGUCAAUGGAUUGAGGAUGUCCUUCUCUAUUUGGAACGAUACCAGAUAUUACUACGGUGCUUUAUGAGCUUUGCUGAUAAAUAGCAGGCAGUAGAGCAACGGUGGCAACGGUAUUAACGGCAGCAGGGGCAGGAGCCCAUGGCUGGAAGUUAUCUGUACCAGUGGUGGUGGAUCCCAAUUGUGAUCCUAUCUAGAUGCUGUCUACUUCUUACUACCGAUAGUAACCUACCUUACUUAUCGCAAUAUCCGGAAGAAGAGUAUUCGGAAUUCCACCCAAUUGAUGACGAAGUAGUGGUGUUCCUUCACGAACAAUGCAACGAGGAGGUCAAUUUAACCGAUAUUCAAAGUCAGUUACAGCAUUGGAGCAUGAACCUUUCCAUCAAUAUAUUACCGAGAUCUUUGACCUGUGAAACGCGGUCCUGGGGUUUCGGCGCUUUGCUAUAUUCUCUCAGCCAACCUACAACGAAGGCUUUGAUAGCCGCACUCGAUAGCUCGAGUUGUGAGUUCGUUUCAAAAUUGGCCCAUACUUGGAACAAGCCUCUAUUCACGUGGACUUGUCCUUUGAAAAACUUGGAAGAUCGAAGAUUAUCGAGCAUAGUGAGACUUUCUCCGGCUUUACCAUCUCUUGCUCAGGCUUUGGUAGAAAUGUUUCUUCACUUGCAAUGGAGAUCCGCAGCGAUUAUUGGCACGGUAACGUGCUUCUUUUCAACAGACGAGGAACCAUGGUCGAGUCUAGAUCGGGUCGUUGUUGAUGCUCUUCGAACUAUCGGGAUUGUACCACGAUAUCACGCAAUAUUACCGCAACGCGCUACAUGGAAUCAAGUUCGAAGGACGUUGAAAUCUCUGCAUUAUAUAUCUCGCAGAGCUACGGUGCUUUGCUUGCCCCUGAACGACGAUUCAACGAAUCGUAUUUUGACCGAGCUGGAUGUAUCACGGGAUUCGAGCAUGUUGACUUCCAUGAUUCUGAUGAUCCACACAGAAGAUAAUGAUCUGUUUCUUCCGCAGAUUGUGCCUACGGCAUCGCCACUUGAGACGCCAAUUUCACUUUCGUUUACAAGUACUCAGUCUUCCAACUUUUCUCCUUCAGACCUUCCCCGAACUUAUACGAUCGUAGAUCAAAGAACGGAUGAGGGAAGUGCGAAAAUGAAUCCAUCUCAACGAUAUGUACCCUCACAAAAUCUCAGUGGUACCACGUUAGACAAUCUGCUUAUAUUAAUGCCACUCGAUCAAAGAUACGAUAUUCAAGAGAUGUUAAAUGGCACAGAGUAUUACACGCAACCGACAUUAAUCGAACGUUUAAACGAAUCACUCGGCAUUAUGAUGCACGAUAAUGGUACUAUAAAUUCUUAUAAUAAUAAAAUUUACACUUAUGUUGUAAUGGAUUGGCGUGUCGAUAAGUGGGAACCUAUUAUGAUGAUAUCUGAAGAGAAGGAAGGUUUAACAGUAAAAAGAUUAACUACCAACGCUCCCGCCUUUUUCACAGUAGAAAAUAUCGAUUUUAUUCCUUGCGAUGCUGAUAAUGAUUGCACAAAUGGUCUAUUGGAGGUAUCCGUCCAUGCUACACAUAUCGUAGCUGCCAUUUUGGGAUCUUUAUUCUUCGCUUUUCUUCUUGUCUUCCUAGCAAUAUUUAUCCGAAAACAACUACUCAAAAAUAGAAUAUCAGAAGGCCCCUAUAAGAUUAUUCUAACGGCAUCCGAUUUCGUCUUUCCGCAGACUAAUCACACGGAUUCAAAAACGGUUGAUAAGGGGGUCGAAACAAUGCUAUGCUGCUGGUUGCAGCCGUUGCAGGAGUUUGGUGGACCAAAAGUUGAGAAACCUGAUUUGCUUCAAGUAGGCACCGUCGGUUCCCACAGGCCCUAUCUACAAACUAGUACGGGAAAUUUAGCGAGACAAACUUUCUUCAAGGUCCGACGUGCUAUGUAUAAUGGUGAUUUGGUUCAACUGAAGGAAUUAUCCUGUCAAGGUACAUUCGAAUUGAAGAAUAAAACAAUGGGCGUUUUAGUUACGAUUCAUGGCCUACGUCACGAAAACCUCAAUCCCCUUAUUGGAUGCCUGAAUGAACCGACAAGACCAUGCCUUGUAUCGGAAUAUUGUUCAAGAGGAUCGUUAGAAGAUGUACUGGUUCAAGACGAGAUCAAACUUGAUUGGUCAUUUAGAUUGUCUUUACUUACGGACUUAGUGCGGGGUAUGAGAUAUCUUCACGGUACACCGAUUAGGGUUCACGGUUACCUUACAUCACGGAACUGUGUAAUCGAUGCACGUUGGGUCCUUAAGAUUACUGAUUAUGGCCUUCCAGCAUUUUACGAAGCUCAAAACAUGUCAUCACCUUCAAAAUUAUUUCGCGAUCUUUUGUGGACAGCACCAGAAUUACUUAGAGAUGUGAAUCUUCGAAAGAAAGGUACUCAACCAGGUGAUGUUUAUAGUUUUGGUAUCAUCAUGCAAGAGGUCAUUGUACGCGGCGAACCAUUUUGUAUGUUAGCUUUAUCUCCCGAAGAUAUAAUAGAGAAAGUGAUGAGUCCACCACCAUUGAUUAGGCCAUCCGUUAGUAAAGGUGCAGCACCACCAGAAGCUAUUAAUAUAAUGCGACAAUGUUGGGCCGAAUCUCCGGACAUGAGACCUGAUUUUAACUGUGUCCAUGAUUUAUUCAAGAAACUAAAUUAUGGCAGGAAAGUAAAUUUCAUUGAUACUAUGUUCCAAUUGUUGGAAAAGUAUUCAAAUAAUUUGGAAGAAUUGAUACGUGAACGUACGGAACAACUCGAUAUGGAGAAAAAAAAGACGGAACAGCUGUUAAAUCGGAUGUUACCAAACUCGGUGGCGGAAAAAUUGAAAUUGGGCAUCCCCGUUGACCCUGAAGAAUUUCGCGAAGUCACCAUCUACUUUUCGGAUAUUGUAGGUUUCACGACAAUCUCCGCUCAUUCAACACCUUUUCAAGUAGUAGAUUUACUUAACGACCUGUAUACGUGUUUUGAUGCAACCAUUAAUGCAUAUGCUGUUUAUAAGGUGGAAACCAUAGGAGAUGCUUAUAUGGUAGUUGGAGGAUGUCCAGUUAGAAUUCCUGAUCAUGCCACUCAAGUGGCUACCAUGGCACUUGAUUUGUUACAUCAAAGUGGAAGAUUUAAAAUAAGGCAUCUGCCACAGAUGCAAUUAAAAUUAAGAAUCGGUCUUCAUACCGGUCCUUGCUGCGCUGGAGUUGUCGGUUUAACAAUGCCACGUUAUUGCUUAUUCGGUGAUACUGUAAAUACUGCAUCGAGAAUGGAAUCAACGGGUGCACCAUGGCGUAUACACAUUAGUCAAGCAACGAAAGAUCGAUUAACGCAAGCUGGCGGAUAUAAUAUCGAAUAUCGUGGUACUACAGAUGUUAAAGGAAAAGGAAAAAUGCCAACUUAUUGGUUACUGGGGAAGGAAGGCUUUGACAAGAAACUGCCAACACCUCCACCUUUCGGAGAGGAUCAUGGAUUGGAUGACAGUCUAGUAGUAAAGAACUCAUUGAACGAUGGGCAAGCAGAAUCAAAACAUCUACGACGCACAUUACUCGCAAAUAAUAGAAAUUAUAGCAUACACGAUGAAGAAGAUGAUGAAGACAAUAUCAAUGAGAAAGGAAAAGACAAUGGUAAUGUGAAAAUUGUUGAAGGGAAUUCUUCGAACGCCUCUUCAUUUGAAACGUCAGAAACAAAGAAAGUUAAUGUAUCUGUACAUGAUGAAAAAACACUUGAAAAGAGUAAUUCAUUAAAAUCAACGGAGGAUCUAUUUGAAAUGUUGAAAAAUGAACGUAUGAAUCAAAAACCGGCUGAAUUUAAUGAUAUAACUAUUAAGAAAAGUACAUCCAGUGAUACACAAAUUUCAAGUAAUAUAUUAGCAGUAUCCGAUACAGAAACAACUGCGACAAUCUUAGGCGCUUCAACUACUUCUUUGACAUCAAUUGCUAGCUCUGUUGCUUUAUCUUUUCGAUCAGCUGCAGCGAGUAAACAUAGAAGGCUCGUCGGUGGUAUCGAUGAGAACGAUCUUAGUACACCAUAUAAUCGCUACAGAUGUCUUUCUCCUAACGAACACAACAGAAGUUCUAGUGGUCGGUUGUUGAAAAGGCAAUUUAGUUUAGACAGAGGUGACGAGCCUGUAUCUAUUGCCAUUCAAGAGCCAACAAAUCAGAGAACAAUUCAACGACUUUUUAAACAAAAUAGUGCAGGAGCAGCAAAUGAUUUAGAAAGGAUCGAGGAAGUACCAUCUACUCCUGGACAUAUUUCACAAAGAUUUCGUCACACAGCAUCGGUUACACUAUCUGUUGAAUCUUUAACGACCCAUUAAAAACGAAUUACUAAAAUUAAAAGAAAUGUUCAAUGUUCAAAGUCAUCAUGUUAUCUGUCAAUACUCAAAACUAGGGAAAGUAUGAAAUUGAUUUGCAAUAUCAACAAAAUAUUAUAACAUGUUCAUUAUUAAAUAUUCCUUUAAAUGUGUCAUAUCAUUGUUGAUCAUAGUAAUGCAGCAUGAUUCUGCAAACUGAAUUUACUCGAUACAUCAAUGAUUAAAAAACGUUACAUUUGUUGCUACUUUAGAAUACUCACAGGUCUAAACUACAUUACUAUAUCAAAUCGAUAUAUAAGACUAAAUGUUGUUACAACAUAACUUUCUCAUCUCAAUAUGAAAUCAUUCUGAAUGUAAAAUAUGUUGCAUGUUAUGUUAUUAAUUGUUCCUAUGGUAGCUUAAUAACUUUUAUAAUCAAAUAUAUAAAUUCAUGAACUAUACGAGACAUAACUGCAAACAUAAUUGAAUUGAAUUAAUAUAUAAACAUAUAACAAUAGAAACAAAAUCAUUUCUGUUAUGCAGCAUUUUUUGUAAUUAUUUAAUUUAUUUUACAUUCAAAAAUGUACAAUUAAUGCUUUCUUAACAAAUAUUUUUUAUUUAUUUAUUUAUUUUAUAACCAAUUUUCUAUUUAAGAUAUGGCUAUGUACCAUUUGCAUUCAUUUUCAUAAUACUAUAAAAAAGAAUUAUAAAAGAGAAAUAUGUAGAAGACAAUCGUUGAAUGAUAAUUAAGUGAGUUAUCUACUAUUUUUACCAUGAGAGGAUGUUACAUUUUGAGAGAUUAUAGUUCUUUGAUGUUAUUAAAUGGCGUGUAUGAUGGAUGUAAAUAAUCCACGAUCUUUUUAAUCUUACUUGUAUGUAUUGUAUAUAUUCACAUAUUAAAAUAAUAUAAUAAGUAAUUAUUAUAUUAAGUAAUUAAUAAUUAAAUAAUAUAUUGUUUAAUUCAAA